UAUUAAUCAUGCUGGCAAAAUCAUGCAGGCAGUAACAGGGUGCGCGAAUAAUAUAUAUUUUAAUCAUGCGUACAUGUAUUUUUCAAACUCACCCGACGCGGUUUGCUGCAUUGAGUCUUUCCCUGAAUUUACGGAUACUCGAGCAGCAACGCUAUCAAGAAAAAUUUACCAAACAGGUUACGCGUAGGCCUACGGAAGUUCCUUGUAUCUUUUAUUACGAACUAAAAGGUUCGACAGAAAGGAAUCGGCGAAUAGGCCUAAGUGAAUUGACUUGUAGAAAGUGGAGUGCGGUGGGCGAGGAUACGUUGGAGCAGUUCAACUUUGAAAUAUAUAGUUCACAGCCGGCCUGAAGCAGCAAAACGGUUAUUUUAUUGCUCCCAUGCUGCGUGAGUUUACAUGUUGACAUCCUAAUUUCCUAAACCAGCGUCGGUGAUUUGAUUGUGUUCUUAUCGUAGGAAAUAUUCAGCUGACUUCCACGGACUAUUGCGGGAGUUGUCACUUAGCUCGUUCACUUGUUGCCGGUGUAAUCGGUGAAGGAAAGCGAGACAACUUGAUAGGGAAAUCAUGGUCUGCACCGCGGCCGGCCUUCUGUGUGCCGUGUGUGUUCUCGUCUCACCAGGGGCUACUCGGGUCAACAGUCUACAAUCGUCGUGGGGCUACCGUGGGUUCAAAGUGCAGUGCCAAACGGGCAUCCGCUCCAGUGGCGACGCCUUGAGGAUCUUCCCCAAGACGGCAUCCAGGAGCCAGUGUCUGCAGAGGUGCUUCGCCCACCGUCAAUGCGAAUCCGUCAGCUACUCGCCCGAGAGUGGCCAGUGUUAUCUCAGUAGCUCCACCAAGGAGAUAUCCGGGACAUCCGAGGACCAGGGUUUCAUGUACUGCGGCCCCGAGGCAGAUGAACCGUGGGACAGAACCGCGAUAACGGUGGAACUUCCGACAACAACGGUGAAGCCGACCACACUGGAGCCCAACGAAUGUGAGAGCAGCCCUUGCCAGAAUGGGGGCGUGUGUAACGACGGUCUGGGCAAGUUCACUUGCGACUGCGCCCCUGGAUACGAGGGAGUCACAUGCAACGUUGAUACCAACGAGUGCAGCAGUGGGCCCUGUCAGAACGGUGGUAGCUGCGUAGACGCCGUGAACCGGUACUCCUGCACCUGCUCAGCUGGCUUCGAUGGAGUCAACUGUCAGAUCAACGUCGACGAAUGCAGCAGCAAUCCGUGCCAGAAUGGUGGCACAUGCGCAGACGGCAUCAACAAGUUCACUUGCUCUUGUGAGGCCGGCUAUGCUGGGACGCUCUGCGACGGAAGCACCGAUGAAUGUGCGAGCAACCCUUGCGUGAAUGGCGUUUGCAAUGACCUUGUCAACAGUUUUAGCUGUGCCUGUUCUGCCGGCUAUGAAGGCACACUCUGCGAUACCAACAUUAAUGAGUGUGCCAGCAGCCCUUGCCAACAUGGUGUCUGUAAUGAUGGAGUCAACAGCUUCACAUGUACAUGUUCCGCAGGAUAUGAAGGAACUUUGUGCAACACAGAGACCGAUGAGUGUGCCAGCAGCCCUUGCCGACAUGGCAACUGCAAUGAGCAAGUCAACGGCUUCACCUGCACAUGCUCGGCAGGAUACGAGGGAACCUUGUGUAACACAAAUAUCAACGAGUGCAGCAGUUCUCCCUGCGUGUACGGGACCUGCAAUGAUCUCGUCAACUCCUUCACGUGCUCAUGCGUCAGUGGUGCUCGCGGCACUCUCUGUAACAUCGAGCCAAUCCGUUUGGCUAAUGGUCCGUCGGCAAAUGAGGGGAGAGUGGAGGUGUGGUACAAUGGAGCAUGGGGCACCGUUUGUGAUGAUUUAUGGGACAUGACCGACGCCAAUGUGGCCUGCCGUCAAUUGGGCUACCCCUAUGCCACCAACACCUAUAACUCGGCUGCUCACGGCGCCGGCACGGGAUCCAUCCACCUGGACGACACUAAUUGCGCCGGCACAGAAAUAAGUCUGGGUAGCUGCCCGCACGCUGGCUGGGGCUCGCACAAUUGCGGGCACGGUGAAGAUGCCAGUCUGAGAUGCUUUCAGAGUGGUAGCAUUCGCCUCGUGAAUGGUCCACUGCCAAACGAGGGACGGGUGGAAGUGUACUACAGCGGCGCCUGGGGAACAGUCUGCGAUGACGGCUGGGACAUCAACGACGGCCAGGUAGCCUGCCGGCAACUCGGCUACCCGUCCGCCGCCCGAGUCUGGUCUUCUGCAACCCAUGGGCAAGGGACGGGGGCGAUCCACCUGGAUGACCUGGCAUGCUCUGGCAGUGAGGCUAGCCUUGGAGCAUGCAGCCAUAGCGGAUGGGGUAACGAAAAUUGUGGGCACCACGAAGAUGCGAGCGUCAAGUGCAACCUGACGUAAGAAGAACUCAAUUUCAGGAAAUCAAGUGGAAAUAUCAUCACAUUUUCACUUUUCAUUACAUAUUACAUGAGUCCACAAUCACCACCUUUAUGUUACAAGCAUGGAGCAAGAACCUAUGGAAGGUUAACAGUGAUAUGAUAUACUCUGGUAACUUCCUCCGUGAGUUACGUAGUUCUGUUGAUAAAAACUUAAAACUUGUCUAUGCGCAAAAACUUAAGCGAAACCUUAUAUGCAUUGUUGCGUAUCUGGGAUGUUAUACCAUAUAUGCGAGUUAAAAUCUACUAAUGAUAACGUUUGUCAGAUGUUUAAAAUUGGCUGCCAAUACAAAAGGAAAAGAGCCUAUGGCCAUUUCGAGGCAAGGAAGAUGAGAUCACUGGUGAUUCACAUUACAGUGCGUCACCAAGAAAUCACGGAAAGGCCUUUUUCGCAGUGCGUUGUGGGAAACGGUCGCCAAUUCAGCGCUCGGAAGAAUUGAAUUAAUCCUUAUUAUUUUCUUGGUAUAAGAUUGUUAAGUGCAUUUCGAGGAGGAGCAAUUUUUAAAUUAAUCUUUUCUUCUGUCUAUCGCAUGGAUUUUCUCCAUCUAUGACCCCCCCAAGUUGUCUCCCAAAAACCCAAAUACAAAUCGCGACAAGACCGCCGUGCUUCUGUCUACCGUAAACUUGCAAACUAGCCUUCCCGUGGCAACCCCUUGGGGCGCAUUGUAUUGUGGAUUGCCUUAUCCAGCUACGGGUUACAUUUCUGCAAACUUUGGCCGCCCAUAAAAAUGUUGGUCAAUUUUUUGAAACAUAAGAAAGGUCUAUUGUUUUUGUCAAGUUCACGCUAACAAUAAUUUGUGACCGUCAUGUUUGCUGCCCCAAAGCGACUCAAAGGGUUCCCAGUAGCUUUAGAAGAUUAUUAGAUAAAACAAUGCUGUUUAGAGAAUACAGGACUUAAAUGUGGGAUUUAAUGUGCUGUCACAAAUAACCAAAGAACUUAACCGCAACUUGUAUCAUUUUCAAUUAAAGCCAGACGUUCGGACUGCACCACUAGUCCCCGUCUAGUACAAAGAUGUUUACAUAGGAAGUGGAGUUGACUUCAGUUAAUUGAAGAUAGAAGGUUAUAAAUAUAAAGACAAGAGGCAAUGCAAGCGAUUAAGAGGAAGAAGCAAACCAACGUGUAAUAAUCUGGUUUCACAUGCCUUAUGAAAGGUUUGUAUUUUUGUUGUAUCUGUAGCUUCUCUCUUUAUUAUCAAUUUAUCUGUUGUAAAGAAACUGGUUUGCAAAUGUAUUUUUGGAGAGUUUGAAUGUUUCUUAUGUACAUUGAAAGGGACAUAUUUGAAUUGUGUAAUACUUACUUGAGUAUAUUUUAGUGAUUUCUGUUUAUUAGAGUUAGAAGUGCUUAAUUUUCGAUUGUAGUAUCAUGAUACGUAAAGGAUCAGUGCAACGAA